AUGUUUCCUGAAAUGAGUGGUCGCCUUCACCGUUGUCGUUCCUGGAGUUAUUUCGCUCGGCAUGAACCUUCUGAGAACCUAACGCCCGCUGCCUCCCCCAGCGGGCUUUCACUCGAACCUCAUAUCGAGCUACGCUGUGAAAUGUGCGCCGAUUACGAAGCCAGACUUCAGCAGCUACAGGAUUCAGAACAGAAAAUGAGGCUGCAGCUGACUGCGUGUCAAACACUGAACGAACGGUACAAGAUGGAGCUUACUGCCGAAAGACUGGCGAAAAGUGACGUGGAAACUCAUGUCACUAAUCUCAGUGAAUCUACUUCCAAACAGGUCGAAGAAAUGUCCACCAGCGUCGAGAUUAUAUGUAAUCGGUACGAGGAGCUGGAAUCAUACUUCAAGAAUGAAAUACGGCGGUUGAACAAGCACAUCGAUCAGGUGCUGAUGGGCAGGAAGGAAGCUGAAGACCAGUUGGCUGCGUUAAAUGUGCAAUAUGAACGCCUCUUGGGUCGUCAUCAAAAACGCGCCGAAGAGCUGAGACGCGAAAAGAUCGACUUGCCUCAAACCGUAGAAGAACUGCAGCUACUAUGUCUCCAACUGAAGGAGGAACUUAUCGACUCGAAGGCAGCCUUAGAACAUCUCGAGGACGCUCUGAAAUCAGAGAUUUUUUUCCUUAAGGAUAAGGUACCCUAUCCUUAUUACUGUCUUUUAAAUAUAAAUUUACAGCUCUGCAUAUAAAU